UUUCGCGAAGUUGCUUUGUUUUAUGUUUGUUGAUGAGCUAGAGAGACUUCUUGAGAGUUAUGUGAAUCACUAUUUUGCUGGAUUUGAGCAGAGAGAUUUAAUUGACAGUUUUCUUGUGCAGUGAUUUACUGGUCAAAAAAUCAAGAUGAGUACGAAACAUCAAAUUGUGACAACUCGUCCGGACCCCGAGAUUUUCGACAGCAUGGGAAUUUUCGAAAUGGCAGAUUCGACCAGGAGUUCCUUGUCAAUUCGCCUACAAUUUGCGAAAUUUGCUCAUGGGUUUACAAUAGCCGACUUUGAACCUUUUAUUGAAUCCAUCGGCGAAGAAUCUGUCACAUCAAUCGGCCGUUUGUCUUUUCCUAACGAAUGGCAAAUGACUUUGUCCUCACAAGAAGUUCGUGAGGAAUUGAUUCGUCUUGGACGGACAAGAAUCAACAACCGAUCAUGCUGGAUUCAUCCUCUAAGUAGUUCCGAAAUUAGAGGAUUUGUGCAUUGGUUACCAAACGAAAUCCCACAUCUUAAGGUAAUCGAAAUUUUUAGAAACUUCGGGGAAGUGCUAUUUAUGGAGACUCAGAAUUAUACGAAAUUCAAUUACAGAAUCGCGAGUGAUGCACGUUAUUUCGCUUUGUACUUAAAGCCUGGUGCAUCCAAGGAGGAUCUUCCUCACUUUAUCACCAUAUCCAAGAGAAGGGGUUUAGUCACUGUCAGAGGUAGACAGCCGGCAUGCUUUCAUUGCCGUGAAGUUGGUCAUCGGAAGAAUGAAUGUAAAACCUACAGAGAGAAGUUGGGAGAGUAUUGUCUGAGGCCAGCCGGAACUUCAAGUAGGAGUGGAAUACGUGGACGGCGACACAAGGCUGAUGUUGCCAAUUGUGGCCCCGAAAAAGAAAAUUCUGAUAUUUCCGCUACCAAGUUGAAUCAAAAAGGAAAUGAAGUGCAGACUGAAGUUAAUGAAGCUUCGGAACAGGGUGAUGCAACUGAAAUUGGAUCUGAAACCAAACAAGAAAUGACAAGAAAUAAGAACAAAAGGAAAUCGAGGAGGAGAAAGAAAAAUGUUAAAGGUGAAGAGCCAUCUACCAUGGUAGAGGCCAGUGCAGUUGAAGCUACCAAAGAUGUGCAAAGUGAUAAAAAUGAAGAUGUAGCGGCAGAUAAUUCAGAAACUAUUACUCAAAAGUCAUCUACAGUUGAACAUUGUCUGAAACCCUCUAUUGAAGAAGGGCAUGAUUCAAAUUUUGAUGUUAAUAAUACAAAUGUGCCUGCAGUACUGGAAUGCGAAAAUACUUUAGUAAAAGUGGAAAAAGUAGAUUUGGAUCCUGCCCAGGAAGAGACUAUCUUGAGUGAAAGCACAAUCCAAAAUCCGUGUGAAAAUAGUGACCCGCUAAAAGAUGAUGUGCCUUUAGAAAACUGUUUGAAUAAGAAUUUUAAAAACGUUUGCAAUGAUAUGGUUAAAAAAAUGCAUGAUUCUUCAACCGACGCUGCACCUAAUAAUUGUCAACAGGUUCCUGAUGAGACUCAAUCAGAUGUUAAUAAUCAGAUCGGUUACAUUUUAAAUAACUUUAUAUUGCAGAUAACUGAUGUUUUAUCAGAGGCUGGUGUUGUGAAUGUGAAUGAAAUCAAAAAUAAGUUGUUAGGCAUUAAUGGAACUUUGUUAUGUUCUAACAAGUCCGAGACUGAUGCAAAGUGUAACCUAAUUCAACAUGAUAAAAACUCGAAUGUAAUCGACCCUUCCAAUGUUGCUAAAGCGAGUAAGAAAAAGAAAAAGAAAUCAAAGAAAAUUCAAGAGUAGUUACAUUCUUUCCAUUUAUGCAAUGUUUUUUGUUCUAAAAUAUGUUGAUUUUUAAGUUUCUUUUUCUUUUAUUCUUACUGACAAUUCAUUUUCAUCAUGAAAUUUAUUAUACAUUAUAUAUUCCAUUUUGGAA